GGUUCAGAUUUGAGUUGGUUUUCCCUGCUAUCUGGGCUCGCUCUAUUGGAGGUGAAGGACCGUCUGUCCCCUCUCUGCUUUUGCUGUCAAUGGCUUUCGGGACGUAUUUUCUUUGAAUGUCUGGGCGAUUUAAGUGACCAAUAAUGGAUAUUCUAUGGAUAUUAUGGACCAUACCGGCCGUAAUAGCUGUUGAAGAGACGCUUAUGGACUCCACUACAGCCACAGCCGAGCUCGGCUGGACGGUCUACCCCGUGUCAGGGUCGAGUGACAACAGUUGGGAAGAGGUGAGCGGUUAUGAUGAAAACAUGAAUACCAUCCGGACGUACCAGGUCUGCAACGUCUUCGACAACAAUCAGAACAACUGGGUACGGACAAAAUACAUCCGGCGUCGUGGUGCUCAGCGGAUCCACGUGGAGAUGAAGUUCUCUGUGAGGGACUGCAGUAGCAUUCCUAAUGUGCCAGGCUCCUGUAAAGAGACAUUUAACCUCUAUUACUAUGAAUCUGAUGCUGACACAGCUACCAGAACCUCCCCAGCAUGGAUGGAGAACCCCUGGAUCAAAGUUGAUACCAUUGCAGCAGAUGAGAGCUUCUCUCAGGUGGACCUAGGGGGCAGAGUGAUGAAGAUCAACACUGAGGUUCGGAGCUUCGGUCCUGUGUCACGAAAUGGUUUCUACCUGGCAUUCCAGGACUACGGUGGCUGUAUGUCUCUCAUAGCUGUUCGUGUAUUUUACCGGAAGUGUCCUCGUAUCAUCACUAACGGGGCAUUGUUCCAGGAGACGCUCUCAGGAGCAGAGAGCACCUCCCUGGUGGCUGCAAGAGGCGUUUGCAUCCCUAACGCAGAGGAGGUAGAUGUGCCCAUUAAGUUGUACUGCAAUGGAGAUGGAGAAUGGAUGGUACCCAUCGGACGCUGCAUGUGCAAGGCUGGGAACGAGGCUGUGGAAAAUGGAACUGUUUGUCGAGCCUGCCCAUCUGGCUUUUUUAAGCCGACUCAAGGAGAUGAACCCUGUAUGCAGUGUCCUAUCAACAGCCGUACCACCAGUGAAGGCGCCAUUAACUGCGUUUGCCGCAAUGGAUACUAUCGCACCGACUCGGAUCCUCUGCAGAUGCCGUGCACAACCGUCCCCUCAGCUCCACAGAGUGUCAUCUCCAGCGUGAAUGAAACCUCUGUGAUGCUGGAGUGGAUGCCGCCUCGGGAUUCGGGGGGCCGUGAGGAUGUAGUCUUCAACAUCAUUUGCAAGAGCUGUGGUGGAGGCAGGGGCGGCUGCACCCGCUGUGGGGACAACGUUCAGUUUUUGCCCCGUCAGCUGGGCCUGACUGAAUCCCGGGUCUACAUUAGUGACCUGUUGGCCCACACGCAGUACACUUUUGAGGUGCAGGCUGUCAACGGGGUGUCAGAUCAGAGCCCUUACUCUCCUCAGUACGCCUCAGUCAACAUUACCACUAACCAGGCUGCUCCAUCUACAGUAUCUAUAAUGCACCAGGUCAGUCGUACCGUGGACAGCAUCACCCUGUCCUGGUCCCAGCCGGACCAGCCUAAUGGAGUCAUCCUGGACUAUGAGCUACAGUACUAUGAAAAGGACCAAUCAGAAUUGAACUCUACCGUCAUCAGGAGCCAGACCAACACAGCGGUCAUCCGUGGCCUCAAGCCAGGAAGCAUCUACGUGUUCCAGGUCCGGGCCCGUACUGUGGCUGGGUUUGGACGCUACAGUGGCAAACUGUACUUCCAGACCAUGACUGAGGAGGAAUACAACACCAGUUUUCAGGAGAAGCUACCGCUCAUCAUUGGCUCGGCAGCAGCUGGUCUGGUCUUCCUCAUCGCUGUGGUUGUCAUCAUCAUCGUCUGUAAUCGGAGGCGUGGCUUUGACAGGGCUGAUUCCGAAUACACGGACAAACUGCAGCACUACACCAGCGGCCACAUGACUCCAGGAAUGAAGAUUUAUAUUGAUCCGUUCACAUAUGAGGACCCCAAUGAGGCUGUGCGGGAGUUUGCCAAGGAGAUUGAUAUAUCCUGUGUGAAGAUUGAACAGGUCAUUGGUGCAGGAGAGUUCGGUGAGGUGUGCAGCGGAAACUUAAAGCUCCCAGGUAAAAGGGAGAUGUUUGUGGCUAUAAAAACUCUGAAGUCUGGCUACACAGAAAAGCAAAGGCGGGACUUUCUCAGUGAGGCCAGCAUCAUGGGUCAGUUUGACCACCCUAAUGUCAUUCACCUGGAGGGUGUGGUCACCAAGAGCAGUCCUGUCAUGAUCAUCACUGAGUUCAUGGAGAAUGGAUCUCUGGACUCCUUCCUCAGGCAAAAUGAUGGGCAGUUUACUGUGAUCCAGCUCGUUGGUAUGCUACGCGGCAUCGCCUCAGGUAUGAAAUACCUGGCCGACAUGAACUAUGUGCACCGUGACCUCGCUGCCCGAAACAUCUUGGUCAACAGCAACCUGGUGUGCAAGGUGUCAGACUUUGGCCUGUCGCGCUUCCUGGAGGAUGAUACAUCAGACCCAACCUACACUAGUGCUCUGGGUGGGAAGAUUCCUAUCCGAUGGACUGCACCCGAAGCUAUCCAAUACAGGAAGUUCACCUCUGCUAGUGAUGUGUGGAGCUACGGGAUCGUCAUGUGGGAAGUGAUGUCCUACGGAGAGAGGCCUUACUGGGACAUGACCAAUCAAGAUGUCAUCAAUGCCAUAGAGCAGGACUACCGGCUGCCUCCGCCCAUGGACUGUCCCAGCGCGCUGCACCAGCUCAUGUUGGACUGCUGGCAAAAGGACCGCAACAACCGGCCCAAGUUCAGUCAGAUCGUCAACAACCUCGACAAGAUGAUCCGCAAUCCCAACACACUGAAGGCCAUGACCCCCUUAUCUUCAGGUGUUCAUCUCCCUCUUCUGGACCGCAGCAUCCCAGACUUCUCCAGCUUCAGCACUGUGGACGAGUGGCUGGAUGCCAUCAAGAUGGGCCAGUACAAAGACAAUUUUGCCAAUGCUGACUUUACUACAUUUGAUGUGGUGUCCCAAAUGACCAUGGAGGACAUCCUGAGGGUUGGUGUGACGUUAGCGGGCCAUCAAAAGAAGAUCCUCAACAGUGUCCAGAUGAUGCGGGCGCAGAUGAACCAGAUCCAGUCUGUGGAGGUUUGACCCUCCCGCGUGGAGCAGAGGAGGGGGGAGAAGGUGGCUGGGAUGCCGGGCUCUGGGUGUGGAGGAUGGAGUGGAUUUUCUUUUUUCGCAUUACAGUGUGUCUGGUCUUCCUGCCAGACUACUAUUCAUCCCCCCAUUCCCCUCUCCACUUCCCUCUCUCCUCCUCUUAUCCCCUCACCCUGACUCUCCCGUCAUCGUUGGAAUCAGCUGUCACGAGUCCAUGUGAUGAGGCAUUGGAGGGCCCACAGCUGACCCACCUUUGGAGCUAGAAACACGGAAGGUUAGAAGUGACCAGCAACACAUUUUUCAAUCUUCCACCAAUUUUCAUUUGAUGUUGAACUUUUAUUUUUCUGGUUUGUUUGUUCUGAUAAUUUUGUAAAGAAUUUUUUUUAAAGAAAAAAAAAAGAAAAACUUGAGAAAAGGCAAGGAGAUUAUCUAAAUUUAUAGAUGAUAUAAGGUUGUACACUAGAAGGAUUGAGUAGGAAAGCUACCCUUUAAAAGGGCCAAAAAAAAAAAAAUAAAGAAAACAAGGAAGAGCUGAGGAGACGAGGCCAUCCUCAACAAGGUGUGGAUGUUGUCUUUGCCAUUUUUAAUUUUGGACAUCAAGAGGAAACAGUUCUCUGUGGCCUUCUGAAAGGCAAACUGCAGAGAACACUAAGGGACCUGAUGUUUUUGUUUCCCCAGGAGAGAAAAUAAAUGAGAAAAAAAAAAACAAAACAUGAAAUGGACAACUUUUGGCAUAGACUGGUGUCAAAAAGACAUUCAUCCAGACUGGCAAUUUACACAGUGAAACCAACACUCAAGAAAAAGAAAAAAACAUUUUUUCUCAUUGCAAGUAAUUUUCUAUAUUGUGUGAUAUUUUGUGAUGAAGAUUCCGUCUCACCAUGCUUCCUCUCACUAUAGACAAAAUGUCAAGUUUGGGUUUUUUUUUCUUUCACAGUGAAAUACUCACAGCUUGCCAAAUAGAACUUUUUCCAUUUUAACACCCCAGUCAUGAUCCUGCACUGUACAUAUCGGAUGCACUUGACUUGGCACCACGCGAAGACUCAGAAACAGUUACAAUCAACCCGUUCACGAGCAGAACUGACCACAGGGAGGAUUUAAGUUCUUGUCACCUCAGUUUCUUUCCUUAUGUUGUAAAAAAAACAACUUCCUGCAUAGAUUCAUGCAAAAAGAAACAGGUUUUACUGUUAGUCCACAUACACAGGCUACAGUAUAGCAUCCUCCUUCAUGUUGUUCAUCUCCAGUACUGUCUGGGCAUAUGUGCGUAUGUUGUGCAUGCACACCACAUGCACAAAGAAGCAGUGGCUCCCGUUGGGACUCGUGUUUUAAUAGCAUGCUGAGUGAGUGGUUAAUUUCACAGUGCUUUGAUUUGCUGCAAUUACUCAAACUCUGUUUGGAGCAUGGAUUUGACACACUUUACAGAUUAUGAUGUGGCUGCAUUCUAUUCAGUGUUUCUUCUGCUUCCAGUUUUCCUUUUGAAAAGACAUUUUUUAUGUUUGAAGUAUUACGGUUUUGAUACUGCACAUGGUUAUUUUACAUACACCGUCAUGAAUAGACUUUACAAUCAGGCGUUUGUUGAAUUCAAAACAAAAAUGCAUUACAUUUUUGCAGUUUUUGACUUUUUAUUAUAAUCCUUUUUUUCUGCACUGAGUCAACUGACACUCUGGAUCUUCCAUCAACACGUAUAAAUUCACUUUGAAUCAUGAAUCAUGUAGAUGCACAAAACCAUGUAGAUGAACAGCAUUUCCCUGUAACUGGUUUUUGGUUUCAUUUUGUAGACAGUAUAUGCAUUUAAUGUAUGGUUUCCUGUGGACAAUACUGUCUCAUGAGUACAGAAGUGUCAGUCAUUGUCUGCGUUGUCAUCUGUAACCUGGCGUAAGGGUUGUGAUUACAAAGACGGAGUUCGUAGCAAUGUAGUGAUUCCCUGGAGACGGUGAAUCAGUUAUGGGUUUAUGUGUACAGCCAGUAAAUGAUAUCAGCUGUGCAGAGUUCCUUCUGGGCUCUGCUAUGAGACGUGACAGCCAGGCAUGGACUUCCAGCUGUGAGCCAUUGGUAAGAUGUGUCCGUUCACAGCAGGGCAGCCGCACCCCGAUCACAGCCGCUCUGUCCAGGCACCGACUCCCUCUCUGUCCCCUUGAUCAUAUACAUGCCUGUCAACCACCUGUCUGCCGCUCCCACUGAUCCUCACACAGUCGGCUCACAGCAGUUGCCUGGUUUUGUCUCGGCAAGUUUAAAAGCAUCGACAGCAGCAGGCGAACUGACAUUCAUCAGUGAGGCAUCAGUUGUGUCUUGUCUUGUCAUGAUACAGUUUCACUCUGAUUAUGUGAAAGAAGAAAAAAAAAAUUCCUCCUGACUGGACAAUGCUGCCAUGUUCAUUUGUACCAAAUCCUCAGUCUUGACCUGAACUUUUGUGGUGUCAGUACAGACAGCUUUAGCACCAAAGCCCUGAUUACAGAAAGUGAGAAACCUCAAUUACUGCAUCCGUGUCAUCUACCCUGGCUGUCCAGAGAGUUAAAGGCCAGGAGUGGAGCCUGCGGUGGAGGUAUUUCUAUUCUCUUUCUGCUCCAUAAUCUUCUCCUUGGCUAUUUUCCUCUGCAGUACAACAAAUCAGAAUGAAUCUUCCCCUGGAAACCUUCAUAGCAUAUGAAACUGGAGGAGGAGAAUCAUGAGCUGUUAGUCAUAGCUGAGAGGCGACUGAGAAGCGAUGCUGUGACCUAAAUGCCACCGAUGCCAACAUGCCGUUUGCUUUUUAACUGAGCUUUAGACGUCUUCCUUUUCCAUUUCUCAGUACUUAACAGCUCAUCAGUUUUAUGUUGUGAGGCUGUACGUCUUCUCACAGUACUGCGAAUAUUCCGUCAUCAGGAAAAAUACUUAAUGUUUUUCAGGAAAUUCAUCUUAGGUAUACACAGCCUCUGCUCUAGUUUCUGCUCCAGCUCCAAAGUUCAUUCAGAUGCCUGUCCAUAGACACUGCCAAGAGUUAUAGGUUAUUAAUUGAGCAGUUAUCCUUGAACUUUGCUUGAAGGAGCUACCUUAAGCAUGGUGGGCAGAAAUACUUAUUUCUAUACAUAAAAUAGUGCUGAAGUUGACUUUAUGUUGCUUAGUGUCAAUAUUUUGUUGCCGCUAAGAGAAUACUUUCUGAACUCCUUCUGAAGUUUGAUGUUUUCCAUUUCAUCUGAAAGAGUUUAAGAAAACCUUUUGAUUGAAUGUGGAGUGUUUGAAAGCCCUGCAUGAAGUAUUUAUGUAUUUGAUUUUGAUGGCACAAAAGAGACAUUGUUCAUGUUCAAGCUGAGCAGUGAUUGUUGAGGAAGAAAUUGACUCACUCACGUUAAGCGUUUCAAGUGAUUUUGACUUGCUUUUCCACAGCACACUGGAUGCGUUCUUUACAUCUGAGCCUAAGCCGUGUAAAAGGCCCCGAUAUCCAAAUUCUAGACGAUUGAAAAAUGUAUAGAAGCCAAGUUACUAAUUCAUCUGGCACAGUUUUUAUGAAGGGCAUAUUUCUGAAAGACAUUUCCAGUGGUGAUCGUUCUUCUAUCACUGCUCUCAAAUCAGAGUGAGUAUUUCCUUUAAGUGAACUUCUUGUCUUUUAGCAUUAAUGGUUUUCACUGUGCAGAAGUGCGGUCACAUGGAUCUGAAUUUAAGAUCAUUCUGAGAAAUCCACUGUAUAUCGAUUCAUUUGCUUAGUUCCCCUUCAGUGCUGAUGUUUUUACUGGUUACUCUCCAGAAACAAAAUUACUAACUUUUCUGAUGUAGUUUUAUUGUAAAGUUUUACAGCAACAAAAAUAUGCCAUCUUACUCAUGCAGACUCCAGCUUCUCUAGUUAAAAAACUUUUUACAGUUUUCUUCUGGAAAUUGAAGUAGAUGCAACGUGGCCAUGACUCUCAUGAGGGUUUCACAUGUUUGCCUACUGCAGCUUUUCAGCAAAACAUGCUGUAAUUUCCCCUCUUACAUCUGUGAAGCAAAGUUUAAAAAAAAAACAAAAAAAAAAGACAAAAAAAAAAAAAAACAGUCCUGCCCUCACCAUGUGCCAGUUUUUUGAAGGACGGAGGAAAACCGUUAAGUCUCAGUGUUACUGUUACAUGAUAGUGUGCAUAAACACGAGCUGUGCCAGACUGUACCCACUGGGCUGCGUUUGAAUGCUGCCCAAUCACAGUAUGGUCAGAGUGAGAGGUCUGCCUCCUGUUGUAGAAGACAGAAAAUGACUCCUGUUUAACGGAUACAGCACAAAGCACCGCAGCGCCCUCUACUGUGCUCUGCUGCUGCUGUGGUGGUCAAAUGUAGCUUGUUGGAUUGACAUUUUCAGGUGCAGAUCGUCUGUGAAUGUUGCAACAGGCAGAGCUCCCAUAUUCAGGACACUUCAGCAGGCUGCUGAUGGACAUAAAAUGGCUGCUGCUCCGAACAAGCCUGUGUCUCUUCAUCUGUUGGACAAACUCUCAUACUAGUAUGGUACCCUGCCGCCUGUGUUCCCCUCUGUUGCCCUCUGCCACCUCCCUGCUCCUGAACCCCCAACCCCCCCACCCCACUACAUUUCAGGCUGUAGGCUAGUACAGGCAGGGGAUCUUCAAGUGUUCCCCCAAUCUUUUAUAGCCCACAUUGUAGACCAGUGCCGGUUCAGACCACUGUGACUGAUGUGGGAUAUCCUGUAUUUCUGUAUAAAUGUAUAUUGACUGUAACCCUGUGAAUGAUGUAACAAUUUCAUUAUUUGUAAUAUUGUCAUUGGUUUAUUUUCUAAAAAUGGAAAGCCCAACUUGAAUCUCCUCAAUAAAAAUAAGAUCUGUUAUAAAACAG